ACUCAGCCUACAAAAGUCGUGCCCUGCCCCCGUCUCCUCCAGUCCCUCCUUACAGGCUUGACGUCUAGCAUUUGUUUUAUCUGCCCUUCUUUUCUUCACUCAUUUACGAGGUCUACAUCUCGAUUCACUCUUUUUUCCCAUUCCAGCAUUCCAAUACCCACGGCCAGCCGCCCGCUACCGCUCCAAGACAACGUCUGCGCCGCAACAACACAUUCCAACCGUCGAAUUGCCAGUCAAUUCCACGUGUCGCUCUCUGACCACCAGCCUCAAGUACCAGUCACUCCAGGAACCACCACUGCUUCUCAGCAACAACUCCGACAUCCUACACCAAACCCUAUACCAAUACCAAUCCACAUACCAAAGCCAACAUGAAGACUUCCAGCACCCUCGCGCUCUCUGCGCUCUUCCUCAACUCCCUCGUCGCUGCUGUGCCCACCAACAAGCACAACCACCACGCUCACCUGCACAAGAAGCGCGAACUCGUCGUCGUUACCGAAGAGGUGGUCAAGACCGAGUACAGCACCACGACCAUCUGGGUCGACCCGACGCCCGCUGCUGCUGCUGUCGCUGAAGUCAGCUCUUCUGCUGGCGGCCUGUUCUACGAGCAGCACCACUCCCACCCGUCGGAGCCAGCCUACACUCCCCCCAUUGUGAAGACCCCUUCCAGCGCCUACGUUGCUCCCUCCUCAGUCUACACUCCUCCCCCGGCCCCUGCAUACACCCCUCCCGCUUCUAGCUCCGUCUACACGCCUCCCGUAGUACCUAGCUCCGUCUACACUCCUCCCCCGGCGCCCAGCUCCGUCUAUACUCCGCCAGCAUCCAGCUCCGUCUACGUGGCGCCAACCCCAGCCUACACCCCACCGGCCUCUUCAUCGGCCGCCGCUGCACCCAGCGCGACCGCAGCAAGCUACGGCGGCGGCGAGAAGUUCACCGGCGACAUCACCUACUACAACCCAGCCGGCGGCUACGGCGCCUGCGGUUUCACCAUUGCCGACAGCGACCACGUCGUUGCCAUUGCCCACGACACCUGGGACAGCAAGGGCACGAUGUCCAAUGGCAACCCGUGGUGCGGCCAGAAGAUCACCAUCCUCAACAAAGUGACCGGCAAGACGUGGCCCGCGACCAUCGGCGAUAAGUGCAUGGGCACCGACGCCCUCCCGUGCACGGGCGGCAACCUCGACCUGGCACAGGGCUUCUUCGACGAGGCCUUCCCCAGCGUGAACGGCCGCGGCCACUCCGACGUCUUCGAAUGGUGGGAGACCUAGAUUCCCCGUCUGUUAUUUGCGCAGCAUCACAACCCACACUCGCUAGCGCAGGCCGGUCAGGCGCUUUGCACGAACUUUAUUGACGAUUUUGCAUCUCAAGCGGAGGGGAAAGAAAGCUCAAUGGAGUUUCUGCUGUGUAUCAAACCAAGUGAUGGGGAUUCAAAAAAGCCUUUUUGGUGAUCUUUUUUGUCGGAGCGUAUUCGUCUGCCGGGUGCAGGUGGGAAGGCCUUGAUAUAUGUGUGUUGCUGCACUUCUUCGAUUGUAUAUACUUAGGGUUGGUUGGUCGCCGGUGUGUUGUGGUGACGUACCUAAACAAUUCUACAACCUAUGACUGCUUUGAAAUAUACUGAGAGUUGCUUUUGUGGUGAUUGAGAGUGAUAUGUUCCUAUACCUACCCACUAACUGUACCUGUACCUCCCCAUUAAUUGGAUCUAC